AUUGCCUGCAUGCGUCUUAUGCUUUAGCCUUUAGAAAUUCUGUGGGUUAAUUUUUAAAAAAUUGGAUUGUGGACAAGACCUGCAAAUUCGAUUUAUCUGCAAUCCGGAUAGAGAUUAGUUCUUACACACGGGACAAGCGAGAAAAACACUUGAACCCAAACAUGGGGCUUUACCUUCCAACGGUCCCCAGUCUUGGGAAAUUUGAAACUUAACUAAGAACCCGCUGCAGGGAGCAGUCUGAGCAGAUCGAGAAGCAAACGAUAGAAAAGAUGCAAUGUUUCAGAGAUCCCUUGGAACCAGAAGCUUCUCGACUUCCGAUUCGGCUUCUCUUUGGAAAAAUGUCGCUUCUCUUCUCGACUCUCUCUCCAUUAAACCAGUGUUGAUGUAUAGGAGGAACACUGGUGCAAAAUUGUGGGGAUUGUGAAAUUGGGGAAGUUGUCUUUCAAUUGGCCUAAGAGCGUUAGCUACAGACAUUAAGCAUGCUCGAGGACAAACCUGGAAAUCCUGAUGCACACCAUUGAAGAGCCUUAGGCCCUUGGCGGUGACUUAGUUGUGCUAGAGAGCCAUACAAAGACAUGGUGCAACAUCCAUUCCCUUUGCCUUUCUUUGGCAACCCACUUAUAUUGUCAUGAUUUUAGCAACAAUGACACAUUAUCUGGACAUUGUAUUUGGAAGUACAUUUGCAUACGGCAAUGAUUCCACUUUCUUGCAUAGCUUUGUCGUUAGCACAUUUGUUUUUCUUGACACUCCUGUGAGAAGAUACAUUGUUAGUCUUUCUAAAGAUGACCCUACUUCUGUUUCACACGUCUGUGUGAUCUGGUGUUGCUUCUAUCUCUCAUGGUUGUUUCCUGUCUGUUUAUAUGUCUCAAAAUUAGUGUGCCAUAGUACUAUUUUUUUCUUAUAAAAAUGGUGUUAGUGGACCCUAAAUUACAAAUUAUCUAUUUGAUAUAAUCAGUGUUUAAAAAUGCUACUGAGGCUUAUGUGUUGAGCAUUGCCUCAAGAUGAGGCACUGUAAAUUAGCCUUGAGGCUUAAGCUUCACCUUUUUGAGGCUUGGAAUCUGGAAACUAUAUCCUCAAGGCUGUUGGGGGCCUGGGGAUUAAGCCUUUAAAUAUUCAAUUAGUUUUAGGCCUUUGUAGGCUUUUAGUUGUUAACAACUAUUUAAGUCGCUUUAGUGUAUUACCAAUUAGUUAAUAUGAAUUCAGUUAUAAAAUAACUGAGUUUGUUAGUUUGUUAUUCCUUCUGUUAGGCAUAAAAAUAACUCUAUGUAAACAUGAAUCCAGAGAAUAAGAAACAAAGCUUUAGCUAAUUUAAUUUUCACCGUUCUUUAUAGUUUCCUUUCCCUACCAGUUUUCUGGCUUGGUAUCACAGCUAGAAAAAAAUGUCUGAAUUCUCUUCUUCCUCUUCCUUCUCUAACCUUCCUUCUGCACAUGGAGUCCAAUUCUUUGGAACAUUCAGUCAUCCACUUGCAGUGAAGCUAGAUGAAAACAACUUUCUGCAAUGGCGUCAACAAGUCUUAGCUGCAUGCAAAGGACAUGGACUGCCACAAUUCAUCUUCAAAAAGGACUUAGCUCCUCCAGAAUUUCUCAAGGAUAGUGAUAGAGAAUUUGGCAAAAUCAAUGAUGCAUAUCUUGUUUGGCAGCAAUAAGACCAACUCUUGGUUUGCUGGCUUCUAUCCUCCAUGAGGGAAGCACUCCUCCCUCAAAUGGUUUGAUCAAACCCUUCAUUUAAAAUUUGGAAAAAUCUUGAGAAGUUAUUUGUUUCAUAGUCUAAAGCUUGUAUUAUGCAAUACAAGAUACAACUGCAAACAACAAGGGAGGAUCCAUAAUGAUAGAAUACCUCCUCAAAAUAAAGAGCAUCACCGAUGCAUUAGCUUCUGCAUGACAUGUUAUCUCUGUUGAAGAUCAAAUUUUACAUGUCCUUGUUGGAUUAGGCUCAGAAUAUGAUUCAUUUAUUGCUUCUAUAAGCUUAGGAUUUGAGCUUUGUUGUACGCAAGACAUUGUUGCAUUGUUGUUGGCACACGAUAAAAGACUUGAAAACACAACAUUUUAAUUGAUACUACUUCUAUGAUUGUUAAUGUUGCCACAAACAAUUUGAAUUAUAUGAUGAAUCCAUCUCAAGGAAGGAGACUUUACCAUAGUAAACAAUAUAGUAAUAAUAGCCAAGCUAGUAAUGUUUUUUCAGCCAUUGACAAGAUUUCCAGUCACAUUCUCAAAGAGGAAGGGAAAAAAUGUUGAAAAUUCCAUGGCAACACUAAGCCUUAGUGUUAACUUUGCAACAUGAUAGGAGAUAUUGUUGUCCAAUGCUACUAUUGAUUUGAUCAAAGCUUUCAAAACCUCAGCCAUAAUCGGAUGACUACAAUGUUGGCAACACCUAAAACUAUGGUAGAUCCACAUUGGUUUCCAGACUCUAGAGCAACAAGUCACUACACACUAGAUUUGAACAACUUGACUAUCGAAUUUGAAUACGGUGGUUCAAAAAAGAUGUACAUGGGUAAUGGUAAAGGUUUGAACAUAUCUCGUAUAAGAGAAACUUCCUUUCUUUCUUCGCAACAUGUCUUGCAUCUAAAGAAUCUGUGGACCCGCAUUUUUUACUUGCGUCCUCACUCAAUCGGCGAGACUCACUUUUAUUGGUGAAAAAUUAGUUUUGGAAAAGUCGGAGUUGCCACUUAUUUUAUUUUAUUUUAAAAAGGAAAAUAAAACAAGAAAGAAAACCUUAAAGAAGUGACUCCAUAGUUUUUGGAAAAAUGUGUCUUUGAAAAACCCGAGUCUAGGUUUGGGGAUCAAGUUAUCUAUUAGAAAGCUACCUCUAAAAGGUAGCACCCAUCUAAGCCCUAUAAAGGUCUUUACUGACUAAGUUGAGGGGAACGAGACAAUUAAUUAGUUGAUUAUAGAUACCUAGGUAGGCUAAGGUGAUUUCAAAACUAGCAUGCCUAAAAAAGAGAAAUCAAAUCACAAUCGCAAAGGAAGGUUAGGAUGCGUACUUGGACUGCCUCUCAAGUGCUAUCAUAAUAAUCAAAGUUAGUAUAAAAAUAUAGCACACAACAUGUGUUUUAUCCAAGCAAAUCAAGCAUACAUCUAAGCACCUAAAGAUCACAUCAAGCAUAAAUAAGACUCACAACAACAUGCAUGUUUAUAAAAUUUCGAAAAAUAAGUGAUAGAGAGCGUACUUGGAUAGCAUGCAUGAUUUAUAAGAUUCUUCCAAAAAUGAUAGAGUGGUUUAGACAAGUAUAAAUUAUAUAACAUAUUCAUUAUGUCUAAUACACAGUACCAAAGCCAAAAUUGAGCCAAGGUAAGUCGAUGACUCAAAAAAUAAAUAACCAAUUCAAGCAAUGUACAAGAUCAUUAGCAUGCAAUUAGAAAAGGGAGCAUCAAAAAACAAUUUCUAAAAAAUAGCUUAGAGUGGAAUUUAAUUACAAAAAAUUUCAGGAAACAACUCCUACACAUCUAGAUCAACAUAUUGAAAGCCAAACACUCAUUCAAAUGACAGACAGCAGCAAAGACACCUAAAGGUUCUACAAAAUCCAGAUUAGAUAAGAAAAAGUGACAAAAAUGGGAGAGAGAGAGAGCGAGAGAAGGUGAGAGAGAGUGCGCAGGAGAGUGUGAUGGUGAGGAGGGGGAUGAGGGGUCGGCGCCGCGAAGCAGAAGGAAGGAAUGCAAAUUCAUUGUGGAAUCCAAGGAGUUUGAGAUCAUUGGGGACGAGAGGAAAGGAAAAAUCCAAGUUCUCAUUGUGGAGAAGAAGGGAGGGGUUUCGUCAUGGGUUCGUUUGGGUUCGAACAGUCUAGGGUUGUUCUUGGAAGGUCUGAACCUCUGUAUUAAGGAUGAGAAAGAAGCAAGAUGGGGAAGGGAGUGGAAGGAACAGGGUCGAAUGUUCUAUAUGUCACGAGGGAUAAACAAAGCAGGGGGGUUUAUCCGGCUAGGGGUCUCCGAUCUAGAGAGGAAGCAUUUCUGCAUCUUCAUUCCGAGAGGCAGAAAGGAAAAGAGGGGGUGGAUGACCAUGGCGGAGAAGCUUAAAGAGGUGAUAGGCUCUUUUGUCAGUAAAUCUGAAACCCAGGAAGGAAAGACUAUGGGGAAAAUUGUUGGGGGGAGUUCGUAUGCAACAAUAGCAAAACGAGCUCUGUUGGGCAAUCAAAACACGAUCGUAGUGAAGGUGAGAAGAGAGGAAUCGAUGGGAUUACUGAAGAAGUUAGAACACUGUGUUGUGGCGAGUAGGAAGGGUAACUUAGGGGGAGAUGAUGAUCUUGAGAAGCUGGGACAGCUUUGGGCAAAAUUGUGGGAGCUUAAAGGCAGCUUAGGGUUGGCUAAAAUGGAAAAGGGAAGGUAUCUACUGGACUUUGAAGACUUGGAAGAAGUGCGUCGUGUUGUAUCUUCUGGGAAUCGCACGAUGGAAGGAGUCCAGGUAGGGCUGGAUUUUUGGAGUCCGAGGAGUGGGUGCUGGACAGAGGAGGAGAAGGCAAAGGAAAUUUGGGUGAGAUUAUUUGGCCUUCCAGUCUCGCUUUGGAGCCCAGAGAUUUUGAAGAAAGUGGGGGACGAAUGCGGCGGCUUUAUCACAGUCGACGAACAAACGAAGACGUUAGGCGAGCUACAGUGGGUCAGAAUUUUAGUGAGAAGAAGAGGCGAUGCUCGACCGAGUGUUCUGGAAGUCGAGGUGGAGGAGGAGGUCUACGAGGUAUCAUUAUGGUGGGAAUGCCGUCCGGUGAUAAGGAGGUCUUCCAGACAAGCAGAUGGCGAUCGUAGCAGCGAGGUUGGGGGUGAGGAGUCCUCACGCACGGAGAAGCGAGUGACGAAGGGGUGGGUGAGCGGGAGGUUCGAGAACCUGCAUCCGUCAGAUGAUGGGACGGGUGAGCAGUGGUCUGAUUCGGGUCGGGCUGUAUCCAACGUACCCCGAAGCCCAAUAAUCCAGUCUUGGGUUCAAUCUGGUGCAGUGCACCACUUAAGCCCAAAUGCCAGCCCAAAGGAGUUAAGAGGGGUCGGUGGGCCUGGGCUGAAGAGUGGAGUAAUGGGCUUAAAAAUGAAAGGGUUGGCUGCAAGUCCAGAAGCAGGCCCGUCGCGUAGGCCUGAUGAGGUGGGCUGUUCCAUUAUAGGCCCAGUCUCGCCAUCAAACAAAGGCCCAAAUGCAAAGGGAUAUGGGCAACAGCCUGUUAUAGGUGUAAACACAAGGGAGGGCCCAUCUUCUCCAUCAGCAGGCCAAGACCACAAUAUUCUUCAGCAGAAGGACUUACUGUUGACGGGGCUUGAUCCAGGUAAGUCUCAUGCGCCAGAGCCUUUUGUGGUGUGGGAGACUGAGGACAUGAGGAAGUUAAAUGGUGUGGCUAGGAUAUAAGACGAGGUCCAACUCCGUUUAGAUUUGAAAAUAUGUGGCUUAAGGUUGAGGGCUUCAAAGAGUUAGUGCGCAGCUGGUGGCAAGGAAUUGAGGUUAGGGGCAGUGGUAGUUACAAGUUGGCUACGAAGAUGAAGGAAAUCAAACAGAAGUUGAAAGUGUGGAAUAGAGAAGUCUUUGGGAAGCUGGAGAGCAAGAAAUCCUUAGCCUUGCAGCAGGUGGAGUUUUGGGAUAGGGAGGAAAGUGGGAGAAUUCUGACUGUGGAGGAAACAGAGCUUAAGAAAGAAGCAAAGGAUAAUUAUAGGAAAUGGGUGAUUAUGGAAAAAACUCAUUGGAGACAGCUUUCUAGGGAAAUAUGGCUAAAGGAGGGGGAUAGAAAUACGGGCUUUUUUCAUCGUAUGGCAAGCGCUCACCAUAGAAAUAAUUAUUUGGAGAGAAUAAAGAUCAAUGGGGAGUGGCUGAUAGAGGAGCAGGAAAUCAGGGACGGAAUUGCUAGCGAGUUUCAAAGCUUGCUUUCAGAAGAUAUGGGGUGGAAGGCAGACAUAGGGGGCCUUC